GCAGACACUCGAUAAAAAUUCCCAAGGCGAUGGGGGAAAUUCGAGCUGAAAAUUGUCAGCGCAGUACAGCUGCCCCUGAGGACGUCAAAGAAUAUGAGAUCACCUGUUAUUCAAGACCCCAGAGUACGAAAUAUUCCACUGACGUCCAGGUUUUUCACUCCAUACCUGGAAUUGUCGGAUUGGCCGUGACAUUCUCAACCAGCCCUUGCAAAUUAUUUUCAAUUCUCCACGAAUCACGCGACAAAUUUCCAGAGACGACCAUAAAAGAAUUAAUACACCUCCCCUUUUCUUUUUGUCAGUAUUUUAACAACAUUUUCACAAAACUUGGGGAUUGGAUAGUUGAGAAAAUGAGGACAACAGCUGCUGAAGCCAUAAAAUUUUCAUUGACUUCGGUGGUUCGUAUUUUCAAACUCUGGAAUAGCCUUGUCCUACUCGAAUUACCCCUGAAAGAAAUAAAAAUGAUAAAAUGAUGGCGAUGGGGAUCGGCUGUGGGGGAGGGAGGGAGGAAAUGCACGAUAGAAUUCAAUCAAAAAAUUCGAUAUAGCGUAACGGAUCCGAUGAUGGGCUUCUUGGUAUAAGGACGGCCCAAUAUCCAGUGGUUUGCUGUCCAUUGCCUUUUUUUCCUGCGCGUCCUCUCGUCCUCCGGACGUGGAAUGGCCGGACGUCCCGGCGCCGCGUCACCUCAUCCCUUCUGCUUCCACUCACCCCUCGCCUCACCCCGUGGAUGUGUUAACGGGUAGUACUAUGGGUUCGGGAAAUACGUGACGGUCGAGUGAACACAACAGCGAAGGGGUGCAUACUCAUUUCUCCUUAUUUCGUCGUUAUUUACAUUCUGUCGACCCAGUCGGCGCACACCCCCUCUUUCCUUUUGAAGUGCAUUAAAAAAAUAGUCGAGGGGAGACCAAAAAGCCAUUUUUCUAAUAUAAACCAAAUUCGCCCCAUUUUUCGGUUCCCAAGGAAACCCUUAUUUGUAGUAAUUUUUAAUAUUUGUAAAUAUAUAAAUAAUAAAUGAUAAAAAAAUUUUAAAAUAUCGAACUGUUCACUCAGUCGAGUGUUGGUCGAUGACAAUACGAUUAUUUGAUUAUCGAUCGAAUUUCAUAUUCUAAUUAAUUAACUUAUGC